UUUCUGUCCGCGCGGCGCCGGAGGAGCAGGUCCGUGUGGUGCCGCCUGGGAAACCCCGCGGGGCGAGCAGGGCUAAAGGGGCCGAGUGUCGGGGGGGUUCAAGAUGUCGUCGCACCUUCAAUGGAUGAUCAUCCGUAAUUGCUCGAGCUUCCUUAUCAAGCGGAACAACCAGGUGUACAGCACGGAGCCCAACAACCUGAAGGCUCGAAAUUCCUUCCGUUACAAUGGACUUAUUCACCGUAAAACUGUGGGCGUGGAGCCAGCGGCUGAUGGCAAAGGCGUGGUUGUAGUCCUCAAAAAGCGAGCAGGUCAGAGGAAACCAGCAACGUCCUAUGAAAGGAUCACCAUCAAUAAGAAUGGCCGAGCCACCCUGAACAGUUUGCGCCACAUCAUUCGCAAGAACAACUACAGGAAGGACCUCCGCAUGGCUGCUCUCCGCCGGGCUAGUGCCAUACUGAAGAGCCAGAAGCCAGUUGUGGUCAAAAAGAAACGCACCAGGACAGCCAAGAAUGCAUAAGCUUAUAAAGGAUUCUGUAUACAGUUUAUGGUAAUAAAGUUUAGAGAAUUGUCUCAUCA